AUGGAGGGGGAUAAUGAGCAAAAGAACAAGAGCCACAAGGCCCGCAUUGUGGGUAGCAAGGCGGUCAAGAAGGAUGAGUACCGCAAGAAGAAGGCCGGCAUUGAACUCGAACCAAACAGGGGAAAUAACCGAAAGGCCUUUGGCGGCCCAACCGCCAGCAGCCGAAAGGGACAAAAAAUGCUUCGAAGUCUUGAAAAGCGGGAGACUGCACUGCACAUGCCCACAAUGGAUAAAACCCUGCGGCAUAUUGUAUCGGAGCCGCCGCUGCUGGUUGCCGUUGUUGGACCGCCGGGUGUUGGGAAGUCUACACUUAUUCGCACAAUGGUGAAAUUCUAUAGUGGCCGUAAUGUGCGGGCGGUGCGGGGACCCAUCACUGUAGUCGCAGGCCGCAGUCGCCGCGUGACGUUUGUGGAGUGUCCAAACACAUUAACGGCUAUGUGUGAUAUUGCCAAGGUAGCAGAUCUUGUGCUGCUUAUGGUUGAUGGUGGUUUUGGGUUUGAGAUGGAGACGUUUGAGUUCCUUAACAUUGCCCAGGUUCACGGUUUCCCACGUAUGUUUGGUGUCAUUUCACACCUUGAUCAAUUAAGUACAGGGAAAGCAUUAAAGAAACGUAAGAAGUUUCUUCGUCAUCGCUUUUGGCAUGAAGUGGCAGCCGGUGCGAAGUUAUUAUGUUUAGCCCCAAUGGUACGUGGAAUGUAUCGGGCAACAGAUGUGCUGAAACUACAUCGUCUUCUUAUUUGUGUAGAACCAAAAAUACAAAACUGGAGAAACACUCACAGUUGUGUUUUGAUUGAUCGACAUGAAGAUAUUACAGCACCACAGUUGGUUGCAGAGGAUGAAAAGUGUAAUCGUACUAUUGCCUUCUAUGGAUAUACACGAGGAAAACCAUUAAAACCGCAACAAUUGGUACAUAUUCCAGGAUUGGGUGAUUUCCCUGUUGCUCACAUCUCUAAACAAGAAGAUCCAUGUGCCUUUGAUGGCCCUGGUGGAAAAUCCCAAGGACAUAAGAUGCGACAUCUUAGUAUGAAACAAAAACGUAUUUACGCCCCAUACUGUGAUGUGAGUGGUGUCAUGUAUGAUGAUGAUGCUAUUUAUAUUCAGGAAGAUGCUGAAAAGGAGAUGAUUGAACGCUCUGGUGAGGGUCUUCAACUUCUGCGAGAAUUACAACGUGCUAAACCUAUGGAUGCUGGUACAGCCGCUCUUGAUGUUGUACGCCGUCCAGUUGUUUUCCGAGAUGAUGAUGCGAUGGAAUUAGAGAUGGGUGAAGUGGAAGCCCCACCUUCUUCAGAUUCAGAAUUUUCCGAUGAUGAUGAUGAUGAAAAUGAUAACAAUAAAAAUAACAGAAAUGAGAGACGUCUCCAGAUGAAUAACAACCAUUCACGAAAUGAUUUGUCACUAUACGGACUCAAUGAUAACAAGGACAACAAUAAUGAUAAUGAUGAUGAUGAAGAAGAAGUAGAUGUAGAUGGAGUUGUUACAGGUGGAGCUCUUGUACCACGUGGUCGUAAUGCACCAGAUGCUAUUCGUGAGAAUACUGUACGUUAUGAUUGGUCGGAUAGUGAUUUGAUUCGCCGUUUGAAAAAUUUAUUCGUUACUGGAGACUGGAAUGCAGGAUCAAAAACAACAGGAUCAGAUGAUGAUAAGGACAGUAAUGAUGAUGAUGAUGAAGAAGAAGUGGAUAAGGGGUAUGAGAGUGAAGAUGAGGAAUUUGAAGAAAUAGCACGAGGUACAAAACCACUUACAUCAUCUUCCAUGCUACAAGAUCAGGAUGAUAAUGAGAGUGAAGAAGAAGAAGACGACGAUGAUGAGAAUGAUGAAAGUAAUAACUAUGAUCACGAAAGGAAUAAACAGAAUGGAAGACAAGUGACUAAUGCAUUAGCAGGAUUGAAUCACAAGUAUAAUUCCUCUUCUCCAUCAGGUUGGGGUGCAUUCCGACCAGAUGAUAGUGAACAACAUCAUCAUCAUCAUAUUCAUUCUAAGAAUGGUAAACGUAGUCAUGAAGGAGGAAACGGGGAGGAUGAUGAUGAUGAUUAUGAUAUUCUCGCUGAGGAUGAAAAUGCUCGUGAGGAUGCGGCAUUAUCUGAUCAAGAGUUGGAUGGUCUCGUCUCGAGUUUCUUGGCACCUCAACGUCGGGCAGCUGCAACUACUACAACGAUAAGAGAAAGAGGAGGUCCUUCCUCUUCUUCUUUGCAGGAUGAUGAUGAUGGGGCCAUACAGUUCUAUGACCCCAAACAACAACGGGGUGGUCAUAAUGAUGAGGAUGAGGAUGAGGAUAAAAGAGGAGGAGAGGCUGAUGAAACAGCGGAUAUUAUUGAAGGGAAACAACUCACAGAAGAACAGGAACGACUUAUGCAAAAAAGAAUGGCAAAGAAAAAGGCUUUUGAUGAAUCAUAUGAUAUGGGAGGUAAAAAUAAUACAUUUACACACUAUCAUCAACUUACACGAGCUGUUGAAGAGAAACAGGAACGAUUAGAUGCCGCUUUAAAUGAUAUGGGUGAUGAUGUGGAGAAAAAGAUUAAAUUGGUCGGUUAUUUCAGUGGUUUAUAUGUUCGUUUCGUUCUUGAAAAUGUUCCUGUGGAGUUUGUACGUCACUUUAACCCAUUGGUUCCACUUAUUGCUGGAGGUGUAAAUGCUGGUGAGGAUCAAUUCCGUGUAGUACAUGCCAAACUUAAGCGUCAUCGUUGGUAUCCAAAGAUUCUUAAAGCGCAAGAUCCAUUAUUAUUAUCUAUGGGAUGGCGACGCUUUCAAACACAACCAAUAUUCGCUACAGAGGAUCCUAAUGGACGGGUACGUUAUCUAAAGUAUACCCCUAUGCAUAUGCAUUGUGUGGCAUCCUUUUACGCACCAGUAACUCCUACAAAUACUGGAUUUGUUGCUAUUCCUGUUCGAGAUCUUCGAUCGGCAAACUUUCGUAUUCCUUGUACUGGAUAUACUGUAGGUAAUGAUAAUGUUACAAAUAUUGUUAAGAAACUGAAACUCACUGGAACACCACAGAAGAUUGUUAAAACAACUGCCUUUAUUAAAGGAAUGUUUAAUACAGAUCUUGAGGCGACAAAGUAUGUGGGAGCGAAACUUAAAUCUGUUUCAGGCAUUCGUGGUAUUGUUAAGGCUGUAUUGAAGGGUAAAGAUGGAUUAAUUCGUGCUACAUUUGAAGAUAAGAUAUUUCCCUCUGAUAUUGUCUUUUGCCGGGCAUGGACAACUGUACAUCCACCAAAGUACUGUUCGAUUCAACGUAAUCUUGUAGAUCCUGAAUGGGUUGGAAUGCGAAGUAUGCGAGAGUUGCGGUGGGAACAUAACGUUCCACUUGUCACUAAGAGUGAUUCCGAGUACCAUGAGAUUAAACGCCGUCAACGUGGGGAUGAGAUGGAGGAUGAUAUUUACAAUCAUGAUACUAAACAACCCGGUGGUGCCCAUCCUAAUAAUACCGCGGACCGGUCUGUGAAGGUGCUUCUCUCCCGCAAUCAAAAGAUGCAGCUGCCGUUCAACAUGAAGGAGGAGUUCAUCCCGCUGGAGAAGUCGACGGCCCUCCAGCAGCGGGUGGCGGGCGCCACGACGAUCGCCCCGGAGCCGCGGGACAUGCGGCGCACGGCGCUCUUGAAUGCCUUCAGCGACAAGGCCGAGUCGAUGCUGAAGAAGAAGGCGGAGGCGAAGAAACGGGCCCGGCAGCAGCACCAGCGGGUCUCCGCCGCAGAGGAGAAGGAGUACGAACGGCAACUGAAGAAGGCAAAGAAGGAGACCGCACGUCUGCGGGAAUUCCGCUCACAGCACAAGACACGCAAGUGA